AUGGUCAGGGGUAAAGGUAAAGAAGAUGCACGUAAUGCUGAUCGUGGUGUUUUAACGGGUGCAGGUAGAGGUCGAGGCCGAGGUGAUCCAGAAAUUGUUCGUGGUCGAGGCAUUAUAGCCACUGCACCUUCUUCAGCUGACUUUAGAGCCCCAGCACUAACUCCAAUAACCCCUGUAUCAUACUCAGCCCCUGCAGCCCCUCCACUUGCUCCAGUUGCCCCCACUGCUCCAACUUCUUCAAGUUCUGUUCCUGGAUCGAGUGCUAGUCGAUCUGCAUCCUCAUCCUCAUCACAUGCUACUAGGACCUACUGUUAUGUGCAUGCAAGCGGAAAUCUUAUGCCUUCUGAGAAGACAUCUGGUGCCUGCAUAAAGAUUUUUCAAAAGUACAAUAUCGAGGAGGGUUCUUCCUGGAAGAAUAUCCCACAAUCCACAAAAGAUUUUUAUUUCAGAGAGUUUGAGGUACGCAAUAUAUUAUGCAUUCUAACAAAGAUAAAAUGUCUUAUAAUCUAUGUUGUAUUGUACAUGUGUUUUUUAAAUUAAUUUACAGAAAGAAUUUCACUAGGAUGAGGGAAGUGCUGCAAUAGUGAGGAAGGCAUGGAAUA